AUGCCAUCAUCUGAAUACUUCUCGUACAUGUUGCCCCAGGAGAUACCGAAGACCUUACAGUCCUUUAAAGGGACAAUAGGGCUUGCUUGGGGAGGUCUGGUUGCGUACAGUGUUGCCAUUGUUGUCUACCGCCUUUGGUUUCACCCUCUGUCCAAAAUCCCUGGUCCAAAGCUCCUGGCCGUGACAGAUCUUCCGUAUCUUUACCAGGAACAUGUUCAAGGCAGUUGGCCUCGUCGCGUAACCAAGCUGCAUCGCCAAUACGGGCACAUUGUCCGAAUCUCUCCCAACCGUCUUGCAGUUGAUGGUUCCAUUGCCUGGUCCCAGGUAUAUGGCCAUCGUCAUGGCAAGGAAGAGUUUGGCAAAGUCAGGAACUACUUCUUCCCAGGUGACGAGAUAACUCUGAUACAGGGGAAUCUCGAGAACCACCGUCGGCAACGUCGCCAAUUGGCGCCGGGCUUCAGUGAUGUUGCCUUAACUAAACAAGAGCCCAUUCUCAUACGUCACAUCUCGAAAUUAAUUCGCAAGCUUGAUGAUUCUACCAGGCGGCGGGAGUCCGUUGAUAUGACCCGCUGGCUCACCCUCAUGACUUUUGAUGUCAUCAGCGACCUAGUAUUCACGGAUGGAUUUCACAGCCUCGACGACGCCAAGUACGAGGACUGGGCGGUCGGCAGCUUCCAGGCAAUGCGAGGUCAGGCUUUCCGCCGAUUCAUGGAUGCCCUGCCUUUAUUGCGGCCCCUGAUUGGCUUGCUCAUGAGCACGGACGAUGUCAAACACAAUGAUAGGCGCCGCCAACUUGCAGCUGUCACGGCCAUGGACAAGAUACGCAGUGCGGCGCAGGAGCCCAGCAAAGAUAAGAGGUGGGAUCUGAUCUCGUUGAUGUUGGGAAAGAAUGAGGACGGAGAAAGGCGCGUGCAUGAGCACGAGCUUCUCGCCAACGUAUCCAUCUUGUUACCUGCUGGAUCCGAGACCACGGCGACUGCGUUAUGUGGAAUCUUUUACUAUCUAGGCCGCCACCCUGAGGUAUAUAAGAUCCUGGCGCAUGAGAUCCGCACCGCUUUCAACAGUGAGAGUGAUAUCAAUAUCAAGUCUACCGCACGGCUGCCAUACCUGGUAGCUGUAAUCGAAGAGGUACUCCGAAUAUAUCCACCAGGCGCUGAGACUCCGCCGCGAGUAUCACCGGGAGAUGUUGUUGGAGGGUUUUACAUUCCAAAGGGUACUUCGGUCUCCACGUACCAGUGGGCGAGUUUCCAUAACCCCGAAAACUUUGCCGAACCCGACUCUUUCCAUCCUGAGCGCUGGCUAUCCCCCUCACAUCCGCUCUAUGAUCAUCGCUUUGACAGGGAUAACCGUUUUGUCUUCAAGCCUUUCAGCUUUGGACCGCGCGACUGCAUCGGCCGAACUCUUGCGUAUAGUGAGAUGCGUAUCUUUUUUUCUCGAGUGAUGUACCACUUUGACUUUGUGCUCGAUGGAGACUACGACAACUGGCUUGAUUCUCAGCCGAUUUACUUGGUUUGGGGAAAGGGGCCGCUGAUGGUUAAAUUCACGUCUCGCACUCCUGAUGAUCAGUCCUGA